CGUCCCGCGGUGCGGACUCCAAGGCCCGGCAUGCGGCGGGGCUGUGCGCAGGCGCGCUGGGCCGGCCUUGAGUGGCAAGUUGUUUGUUCCAGCGAGCACCAGCUGCUCGGCACUCCGGGCUCCGCUGCCUCCCGGCACGGCUCCUCUGCCCCGGCCUCCCCCUUCGCUACAACUUUUGCACCCCUCGUUCCUUCAUCCUUUCCCUCCCCCCACCCAGCCCUUCCCCGCGCCGGAAAGGAGGAGGAGAAAAAAGAAAAAAAAGGAGCCGGGGAAAAAAAAAACACCAAAAAAAAACAAGGCACCGACAAUAACAGCUCCCCCCUCCCCCUCCCCAUUCAAAAACACAAAAUAAACCCCAGGGAUAGAUGAACUACAAAUGAGAAAGAGGAAAAGAUGGAACUGCACAUCCUAGAGCACAGGCUCAGAGUGGCCAGCAUAGCCAAGGAGAGCAUCCAGUUGUUUACCUAUGGAUUAAUCAAACUUGCUUUCCUGUCCUCCAAGACGAGGUGCAAGUUCUUCAGCCUCACAGAAACCCCAGAGGACUACACCAUCAUUGUGGAUGAAGAGGGCUUCCUGGAGCUCCCAUCCUCGGAACACCUGAGCGUGGCCGAUGCGACGUGGCUUGCCCUCAACGUGGUGUCUGGUGGAGGUGGCUUCUCUGGCUCCCAGCCCAUUGGAGUGACCAAAAUAGCCAAGUCAGUAAUAGCACCACUGGCUGACCAAAACAUCUCAGUGUUCAUGCUCUCCACCUAUCAGACCGACUUCAUCCUGGUACGUGAGCGAGACCUCCCCUUCGUGAUGCACACGCUGGCUGCUGAGUUCACCAUCCUCAGAGUAGUGAAUGGGGAGACUGUGGCUGCUGAUGACCUGGGGAUAACCAAUGGAUUUGUCAAACCAAAACUGGUCCAGAGGCCUGUCAUUCACCCCCUUUCCAGUCCAAGUAACAUGUUCUGCGUCACCAGCCUGGACCCUGACACCCUUCCCACUGUUGCUACACUCCUCAUGGAUGUCAUGUUUUACUCCAAUGGAGUAAAAGACUCAGUGGUGGGCAACGAAGACUCGGGACACAUUCGCUUUUUCUCCUUUUCUCUCAUUGAGGGUUACAUCUCCUUGGUCAUGGAUGUCCAGACACAGCAGAGAUUUCCUAAUAAUUUGUUGUUUACAAGUGCAUCUGGCGAGCUCUGGAAGAUGGUGAGGAUUGGUGGGCAGCCUCUUGGCUUUGAUGAAUGUGGAAUUGUUGCUCAGAUUUCUGAGCCUUUGGCUGCAGCUGACAUCCCAGCCUACUACAUCAGUACUUUCAAGUUUGACCACGCGUUGGUACCUGAAGAAAAUAUAAACGGUGUGGUCAAUGCACUCCAAGUCAGUCAAGCUGAAAAGCAUUAGAAAUCUUCUGAGCUGGUUCCAGAUGCUUUUUAUUAUUAUAAUAAUUAUUAUUAUUAUUAUAAUUAUUAUUAUUAUUCUUUUUUUCUCACAGUAUUUCUUGGAAAAAAAAAUCUGAAUCCAGAGAGUGACAUGAAAAAGAGACUGUGGAAAGUUGAGCAGAAACAGCUCCAAUAAGCCUUCGUUUUAAUUAUUAUUAUUAUUAUUAUUGUUAUUUUAUUAAAUUUAUGAGUGAGGGGCAGGAGGAAAGGGAGUUCAGACAGUUUCCUGACGUUCAGCUCCAAGGUGAAGUGUCACCUGCCAGUGGUCUCAGUGGGGAAGGAGCUGCCCGGGGACCCUCUCGUCUCUGGCUGGAGCGCGGCGGUGCCGAUGGCCACGUGCUUGGGUGCUGUGCCCAGAGGUUGGUGGCACAGCUGGGACAGAUGGGCUGCUGGCUUGGAGAGAGCCCUGAAAGCAGUAAACACAAAUGAAAUGUGGAAUUAAAACAGAAAAGACGUCGCAUAGUGCUGGCUUGUCUCCUAGCAUCAGACUCUCUGAGGACUUUCCGUCGUUGCCCCUGUUGGGAUAGGAUGGGAGCUGGGUUGUGUUUCCCCUGCCAAAACUGUUGGGAAAGGGGAGAACAAUCCAGUUGGUUGCCCUUUUUGCUUGCAAUCAAAGCCUGGCUGCUCUGUGAAAACCUGGGCAGGGGCAGCAUAGCUCUGGCCACCUCCCAGCAGGUGAUGCCACCAAGACUUCUCUCUGCAUUGGAACUUGGCUGCUUCAGCUCAGUUUUCCUCCAUCACCCUCCCACCACCCCCAGUGUCCUCCCUGCCAUGUGUCCUGCUUCAGGGCAGCCGAUGUCCCCUCAUCCCUGUGUCAGAGCCAUCCCUGAGUCCUUGUCCCCAGCAAGAGGAGGGACACACCUCUGCUCCUGUCCCUCUGGCUUUUUCCAUCUGCUUUCCACACAUCCAUGGGGACACGAGCAUUGUCUGGGGACCUUGGUAGCUUCUCCUGCACAUCCCAGGCCACCUCAACCAAGAGCCACAGUGGACUGGCCCCAGCAGGGCCAAGAGGGUUCCCUGGAGCCCUUCUGCAGCUUUUUCUCAGCUCCUUCACCACCAGGGUGGCAAACACUGCCAGCUCCUGGCUAUUUCCAUCGGAUUCAGUGGGCAACCUUUUAAAAAUGCAAAAACCCUUCUGGUCUUGCUGUGGGAAGGUGAUGGGGGCUUUUCCUGUGGGACAGCAGAGUGUGUUUGCUUCUGGCUUGAGCCACAGCUGUGGGUGGUGGCUCCAGAUCAUGCCCAUGGCUGCUCCCAGUCCCAUGGAGGACAUCAGGGGCUGGUGUCAGAAGUGUCACCCAGGAUGGAGGUACCAGCAGGCUGCACCACUCUGUGGUAGGAUGGAGAAGCCAUCUGCAGAGGAUUCUACUUCUACAGUUGGGAGCCUGAGGAUUUCUUGCAUUUCCUGCACUUUUUCCAGUGGUGGUGUUGGUGGGAAGAAGUUGCAGAAGUGUUUUCCAGUUCCAGUGGGAGCUUUCCAGCCUCCCUGGGGGCAGCCCCCAGCCUGGUGUUUUGCUGAGGCUGUGGCAGGUUUGAGCCCAGGGAUUUGUGUUCAUCUGGAGGCAGUGAGCAGGCACCUGAAAUCAUGGGAACUGUGUGUGCUGGUGUGUGGGACAUGCAAGCUGGUUUAUACUGGUGUGUAGGACAUACAGACAGGUUUGUACUGGUGUGUGGGACAUACAAACAGGUUUAUACUGGUGUGUAGGACGUGGAAACAGGUUUGUACUGGUACAUAGGCCAUGGAAAGACACUCUGUGGCUUACAGCUCCCUGUUUAGUUCUCCCUUCAUGGUGCUGAGGGGCUGAAUGUACCAUUUGUGGUUACUGCCCCAGACACUGAGUUUCAAAUCGUUCUGAUUUCCCCUCAGUGGGAUGUUUUGUGGCAGCUACACAGGGAUCAGAGCACCCACAGGAAAAAGCACACGGAUAACUUCCCAAAGCAUCCCUGCUGAGAAGCUCUUGGGCACCUGUUUAAUACUUCACCCAGCUCUGGGUUUUGCUGUUCUUUUACACAAGAUUUCAGAAUUACCCCAGAAUAAGUUCUAUUCACCCCAAAUUUCUGGAGUCAAGGUUUGCUCCAGGUGCAGCUCCUGGAUGGUUCUUUGGGAAGAUGCUUUGGUCUCGUGCCAUGAGGCUGGGGGCACAGGCUGUGCCAUGCAGGAUUUCAACCCACUUGGAGCUGUUUGGGGGUCAGGAACUCUUCAGGACCUGAACUGCUGAAGGGCUUCUCCUUGGGAGGGCAGGGUGGGGGGUUUGGAGGACUGGGCAGGGUUUUCUGGAAGGAUACCAGCACCUUGGGUGGUGUACAGGCUUUCUGGGGGGCUGAGCCUGAGUUUUCCCUCUGUGCACGAGUGGUGUCACCAGGACAGGGUCACAUUUGUGCUCCUGGGUUUUGUCAGCCCUUGGAAAAUGAUUUUUUAGCCACUUGCUGCAUCAGUGAGGAGCAGCAUCUCUUGCCCUCAGCACCUGUGGUGCUGCUGCUUGCUAAGGACCAGGACACACAGGGCAAGGAAUUACUUGAAACAAGCAUCAGCUGUACUGAGCCUUAAGAGAAAGAAAAAAAAAAAGAAAAAAGGAGAAAAAACAAAUACUGUUUCAAUUUUUUUUUUAGCUUUGCACUCAAAUGGAGUUUUUAAUUUAAAUUUUCUCCUUCUUUUCUUCCCUGAGGGAGUCAGCCUUAAGUCUGUGAAAUCUGUGGAAAUCUUUGGGGUGUUUUAAAACCUCACAAAGCAGGAGGAUGUCCCUGAAAUACUUGCAGGGUGUAAAAUGCCAUCAAGGGAUUCCUGUCUCUGCCAUCAUCCUGGGCUUCACCGUUUUAUUCCCUCUCCUUUUGUCCUGAGCAUCAAGACGAUGGUUUCAGCCAGCUUGGGGUGGUUGGAUGCUUUCCUGGGAGUGUUCCCCACAUCCCUUUGCUGAUGGGAAGGAUGCCCUCCACAUGCUGCUGGGAGGGAGCAGCAUCCCUUGGGCACCCUGGCAGCACCCAGCCACCCAUGAAACACUGGGCAGGGGCUGUGGGAUCUUCCCAGGACACCCAGUGGAAGCUCAACUGUGAAUCUGGAGUUAUUCUGCUGUCUUCUGCCUCCUCCUCCCUGUUUCCCUGUCAUUCAGCCUCCUUUAUUUUAUUUAAUCCCCACCAAGGGUGCAGCCCCAGCUCUGGUGAGCAGAGGGUCUGCAGCAACCCCCUGUGGGCAUGGGGCAAUGCACAGCCCCUGGGUGCAGCAGGGGAAGUGACUGAAGCCUGUGGCAAACAGAGGAUUUGGGGGUUUUAAGUGUGAAUGUGCAGAGAACCAAACCUCAUUGGGCCCUGCAGAGCCAAGGGGCCUUUCCUUGGGUUCUCCUGGCAGCACCAGCCAUUCCUCCUGAGGUUGGGAAGAUGACUUGGACACAGCACCCUGGGGGUGAAUGUUUCCAUGGAAAUGCAGAUCCAUGCAGUGGCUUUUCCUUGCUCCCUGACUCCCUCCAGGGGGUUACCAGAGCUCCUGCCCUCCCUGCAUUUGGUGAGGCCCUAACCAAGGAAUGUGACCCUGUGCUGAAAGCUCUGCUGAGAGACAAACAUCUGGCUGAAAACUGCCACCAAGGUGUGGGGAGCAGUGAGGGGACAGCAGCCCCACACCCCAGCCAGCCCAGAGCCCCUGGAACCCCAGGGAUCUCAGAGCUUUCUUGGUUUUCAUCCUUUUUUAGCUUUUUGCAGAAUGUUUUGAAGUGAAGUGUGGGUGGAUUUGUGGACUGGAGAUGAAUGGAGUUGCCCAGGAGGAAUCUGGUAGGGUGGAAGUUUGGAAAGACCUUGGAGGGCAGAGUGGGAGAACCUCACUGACCCCUGGGGUCUUUCCUCAGCCCAGGGUCCCAGUGGUGACACUGGUGUCCUCUCAACCCUGAGAGAUGAUGCCAAAAAAAAAAAAAAAAAAAAAAAAAAAAAAAAAAAAAAGAUGGGACCUUCCAUCCUCUAGUUUUGGAGUCUCCUUGUUGAUGGAAAAUGCCAUCAGAGCUCAGCUGCAGUUUGGGGUCCCCCUGCACCCCCCAGCUUUCUGCUGCUAUCUCAGCAUCUUGAGACUUUGGAAGCUGCUGUGCAGUUACAGUAAGAAGCUUUUUCCCCAAAGGAUUCCUAUCAACUCUUUUGUAACUUGAAAAAAAAACAAAACAACAACAAACCAACAGAGUUUUCCAGGUGCUGUAUUCCUGGGCCCUUGUGGGAAUGCUGCAGAAAGCACCCUGCUUGCCAGGGUGGCUGCUCUGAGCACUGGGGUCCAAAAGAGGACCCCAAAAUCUGCUCAGCCCUCUUUGCCUCCUGAGACACUGAGGCAGGGGACAGGUUGCAUGGGAGAUCCCAUGGAGCUGUCUCACCCUCUGUGUCCCCACUGCCCCCAGGAGCCAUUCCCAUGGCUGGAAGGGGACACAGAGGGGGGGUCCCUCUUGCUGAAGGAAACCAAACCCUCUCCUGCCUGACUUUGUGGUCAGGAGAGUAUCUGCCAUGUGGGAAGCUGGAGGAAGGAGUGAGGGGAAAACCCCACGGGUUUUUAAGGGCAGCCUUGGGAUUCUUGUUUAAUUUCUGAGGUCACUGCAGUUACCCAAGGAGUUGGCUCUGCUGCUGCCACUGCAGGGACUUUACUUGGGCUGCUCCCUCAGGGCAGGACUGCUCUGUAGGUGAACACAGGACUCUUCCCACCACUGCUCAGCCCCAGGGCAUGGGGUCUUGGGGCUCUCCCACCCAUCCAUGCUGGUCCAUGCAGCAGGACCUGCAGGCAGCCCUGGGCUUGCAGAACUCCAUGGAUUUUGGAUGUGGCUGUGAAGAGGAAGCCUCCGUGGUGUCCUCUGGUGCCAGGAGGGUCCCAUCUGGACAGGACCCUGUGCCUUUGAGCACUGGGAACAGAUGCUGCUGCCUCCAGCUCCAUGACCUCAGCCUUUUUUUUAGUUUCAACAUAGAAUUAAAAAUGGAAUUGUGACCUCUCUUCCCACCCCAUGGUGUCACCAUUCUUCCUUCCCCCCCCCUCCCCCAGGUUUUUAUUUGCUCUGCACUUGUGAGCAGCUCCUGGAGCUUGGGGGGAGCCAUGCAGAAGCACAUCACAUCCCUGUCCUGGGGGGCUGGAGGAGCUCCGGAUGGGUCCUUUCCUGCUGAGUGUUGGGAUCCAGACCUGCCCACAGCUGGGGCUGCCCUCACCUCUUGCCCCAGACCUCAGCACUGCUGCUGCCCCCGGUUGUGUCCAUCCCAUGGGGUGAGAGCUGCAUUUGGGCACUGCUGGUACCCACACCAGGGGCCUGGUGAGGGGGUGUGUGUGUGGCACUGGCCCUCCUCUUGCCAGCCCUCUCACUGUCCUGUCCCCACUGCCCAUGGCUGGGUCACUCCCCUUGUCCCUCCCCUUGUGCCAGGGUUUGGGUUCAGGAGACACAAAGCCAAGGAGUGAGAUGUUUGUUUCCUCCCAGCACAUCCUCCUCCUCCUCCUCCUGCCUCUGCAGCACCUGGGGAUGGCAGGGACAGGGAGGGGACACUCAUCUUGCCAACCUGGCUGGCUGGAUAACCAUGGGGACAGGCAGGGGAGAAGGAGACCACCCAGCAGUGAUCCAGCUUUGGAUGCUCUGAUUCAGCCUUUGGAAAGAAUCAGUCUUCCUCCCUCUCCCUGAGCUCCCCAGGCAGCCCCCUCAUCACCAAACUCAGGGUAUCAGUGAGGGUGGUCCCAGCACCAAGCUGUGCCAGCAGCUCCUGGUGCUGCUGGGGUUUGGGGGACUCCUCAGUGCUGUAGCCCCUCCAUGUCCCAUGGCCCCAGCCCCUCCUUGGCCUCUGGAUGGCACCUGGGAGGGUUAAUGUGGAGGGAAUGUGCAUGGAAGGAGCCUCAACAUCCCCCCCCCCAGUGCUUAGGGAAAAGCUUUUGGAUUGGCAGCUCCAGGCUGACCCCCUGGGUGAGGUCUUGGUUGGAGUUUACACUGUAACACUGGGUAUACUGGGUACACUGGGAGCUGCAGGGGUGAGGGUGAGGAUCUGCCCUUUUUAGGGUCUCAACUGCCUUGAACAACACCAAGCAUUUUUCUCCUCCUCCCCUUCCUUUGGACUUCAUAAAAAACCCAACUUUGCCCGGGGUGGCCGUAGCACUGACCCAAAUUUCUGUCCCUCAGAGAGGCUCCAGCUCCCCCCGGGGCUGCCCCCUGCUCCCAGCUGCAGCAGAAACCUUCAGGUCCCUCUUAGAAACUUCAUGGAUUUGGCAUCUUCUCUGUACCUGAACUUCUGGCCCCAGUCACCCACCCUCUGGGAGCAGCCCUGGGCACCCUGCCCUCCUUCAGGCUCAGCUGAAACCCCACAGGGUUGGUUGGUUUUUUUUUCCUUUGGAGUGGGGCAGCAAACAAUGUGAGUUUGGUUUGGGUUUGGGUUUUUUUUCCCCCUCUUUAGCUACCAAACCAACUUGGGGGAGGGGUCUGCUGGCACCAGACACAAUCCUGGGUCAGAGCUCAGGGGGCAGAAGGAAUUGGGGACACCCAAAGUGUCAGUGAGGGUUGGGAUGGGUUCUGUGCCAGGGGGAACCUUGUGCCAUGGGCAGCAGUUGGGGAUCAUGGUGUGGAGCUGAGAAGUGGAUGCUUGGCUUUCCCAGCAGGUGCAGACCCUUCUUGUCCUUGCUGGUCUUCUGCUGAAAAGCUGAGGUUUAUGUACUGUAUGGGAAGAAGAAGAA